AUUUAAUGUUAUAUUUUUACUUAUCACUACAUAAAGAAAUUAUAAUCUUAAAACCUGCCUGUAAAUUAGUGUCAGAAGGAGCCACCCCUCUCCUGCUAAAUAAGUGAGGCUCUGGGUCAGGUAAGAGGCACACGCUGUAAGAACAGAGCCACAUUAAAACAUAACACAGGCAGUAUACGCAUGUGCCCCAUGCCCCAGCUUCUGGGAUCAUGUCAAAAUACCAGGGCUCACCUAAAAAAAGGUAAAUAACAGUUCUAGUCCUCAGGGCAACAACCCCCUGGAGAAUAUGACCGGAGUCUGCAGCGAGCAUGAGACCGCAGCUACAGGAAUGGUGAUGUCCCGAACUCUCUAAUUCAGUGCGCGGCUAGACCUGAACCCUGCUGCUCUGGAAAGUCCUGCCAACCCCAGGGGGGCUGCGGUCUGUGCUGGGGGAGCCCGGCCUCUGCCCCUUGGGGCCUCUUAGGCAAGGCCGCCACGGACAGAGCAAGCCGACCCCAGCCCAAACGGAUUCCGCGGCUGAGCGCAGCCAGUCCGGGAACGAUACCGGGCAGCUCGGCAGGUGGCCCAGGAAAGGUCACGGUGCUAUGGUUGAGCUGGGGGCGCCUCGGACCCGGCUCCGGGAGCACGCGUGGGCCCCAGCAGGAAGCAGCUCAGCCCCGACUGUCCCCAAGCAGGGCACAGCUGCAUCCCCCCGAGUGUUGAGCCCUGAUGCCUGCAGUCGUUCCCAGCGCACCCCCAGGCGCUGCGAGACGCAUUGCGCACCCGCGGGACGGUGGGAUGCGCCGCUCUCUACCCUCCUCCUCCCCGCUUCGGGCCAGGCCCGGCCCGCAGCGGGAAGGCGGCUCCCAUCCGACGCAGCGACCGGGAUGGGAUUUGGCGAGAGACGCCUCCCCAGUCCCCCACUGAGCGCAGGGCCGCCACGCCAGCUGCAGGGGAACGCCGCGGGCACGGGCUGACGGUUGCGGGAACCCCAAUAACUCCCCGUAACCACCACCCAGUCCCCAACGCACGCGCCUUUCCCGCACUCCCCACUCUGGCGCCGGCCAAUCGCAACACUGCGCACGUGACGAGCGUUCUCUGCGAUGACCUCAUCCCUGGUGUGGGAUGACGUCAAAUUCAAGAUGGAUGGAAUCACGGCGGUGGCAGCGGCGCGCGCGGGCGAAUCGUGAAGGGAGGCGCCGAGGGGGGCAGCAGGGUGGGGUGCGGCUGACGGCGGAGAGGAUAAAUCCAAAUCAUGGAGGGGCUCUUGCAUUACAUAAACCCAGCACAUGCCAUUUCUCUCUUAAGUGCUUUGAAUGAGGAGCGUCUAAAAGGACAGCUAUGUGAUGUUAUUCUUAUAGUGGGAGACCAAAAAUUUAGAGCUCAUAAAAAUGUUCUGGCUGCCAGCAGUGAAUACUUCCAGACUCUCUUCACAAAUAAAGAGAAUGAGUCCCAAUCAGUGUUUCAGCUUGACUUCUGUGAACCAGAUGCUUUUGAGAAUGUAUUAAAUUACAUUUACUCUUCCUCUUUGUUUGUUGAGAAAAGCAGUCUUGCGGCUGUUCAAGAAUUGGGCUACAGCCUUGGAAUUUCCUUUCUUACCAACAUUGUUUCUAAGAGUCCUCAAGCUCCUUUUCCAGCAUGUCCCAUUAAAAAAAUAUUGUUUCAAGAAGAUGAUGAAAGCAGUUCUCAGAAGAGAAGUGUAAUUGUUUGUCAGAGCAGAAAUGAAGCACAAGUUAAAAAUGUCAGUCAAACACAUGAUUUAAGCCAUAGCUCUAAGCCUUCACACUCCAUUGCCAUCAAAACAAACAAUAGACCACAAGUAACAAAACCAAUUGACCCACUUCACAGUUUAUCAUUAAGUGACAGGAGGUGGCUAAAAGACAGUCCCGUGAGCUACACCAAACUCCAUGAGCCUUCUGGAACUGUGGAUGACCAAAGUAGAAGUGGCUUGGUAAAGAGGAAUGCAAUAUUGCCACAAAAGCCUUUAGCUGAGAAAGAAACUUUGUGUGAUGAGCCAGGAGUGAGUGGACAGCUUCUAAGAGGAAAAGUUGCAGAGAUGUCAUUAAAAAGACCACGUCCUCCAAUCUUAUCUCUGCAUGGUUCAUCAGAAUCUACAUUUUUGUUGCGAGAGACAGGAAAAGGAAAUGGUCAAGGAGAAGAUAGGAAUUUGCUAUAUUAUUCAAAAUUAGGACUAGUGGUUCCAUCUAGUGGAUCUGGUCCUGAAAAUCAAAGUAUUGACCGGAGUGGCCCACUUGUAAAAAGUCUCCUUCGAAGGUCAUUGUCCAUGGAUAGUCAGGUUCCUAUUUAUUCAUCUUCUAUUGAUUUAAAAGCUUCACAUGGAUCAUCAUUGGUGACUAGUGACUCACAGGGAAAAACAUUUAAUGUUACAUCUCAAAAGUCAUCCUCAAAAGAGUCUUCAGAGAAGGCCGUCCUAGAUGACAAAACACAGGUUAUACACCCACACCGCCUUAGGUCCUUUAGUGCCUCUCAGUCGACUGAUAGGGAGGUAGCUUCUCCUCUAACUGAUGUACGAAUAAAAACUGAACCUAGCAGCCCACUUUCAGAGCCUUCUGAAAUAAUAAGAGUUACAGUAGGAGAUGCUUCAACAUCUGCCAGUAAAGACUUCCCUUUUAAAACUGACAGUGAUAAUAAGGAUAUGAGUAGACUUCCAGCAAAAAGGAGAUUUCAAGCAGAUAGAAGACUACCAUUUAAAAAACUGAAAGUGAAUGAGCAUGGUUCUCCUGGAUCAGAGGAUAAUUUUGAGGAAAGUUCAAGUCCUACGCGUCUUGAUGCUGACUUUCCAGAUUCUGAUGUCAGUAAAGAUGAAUACAGUGAAUUGGAAGAAGUGAGACCAAACAAAAAGUUUAAAUGCAAGCACUGCCUUAAGAUUUUCAGAUCUACAGCAGGCCUUCACCGUCAUGUUAAUAUGUAUCAUAAUCCAGAGAAACCAUAUGCUUGUGAUAUAUGCCACAAGAGAUUUCAUACGAACUUCAAAGUAUGGACUCAUUGCCAGACACAGCAUGGAAUUGUGAAGAACCCCUCACCUGCUUCCAGUUCACAUGCUGUCUUGGAUGAAAAAUUCCAAAGAAAAUUAAUUGAUAUUGUGAGAGAGAGAGAGAUUAAGAAAGCACUGAUUGUUAAACUACGACGUGGCAAACAAGGUUUUCAGGGACAGUCUAGUUCACAAGCACAGCAAGUCAUCAAAAGGAACUUAAGAUCAAGAUCCAAAGGAGCCUACAUUUGUACCUACUGUGGGAAAGCUUAUCGUUUUCUCUCCCAAUUUAAACAGCACAUAAAAAUGCAUCCAGGGGAAAAACCAAUUGGAGGAAAUAAGGCUUCUAAGCAAAAAGAGCACAUUCAUAUUGCAAGUCCAGUUGAAAACAAAGAGGUCUAUCAGUGCCGUCUUUGUAAUGCUAAGCUCUCCUCUCUUAUUGAACAGGGAAAUCAUGAGCGUCUUUGUAGAAAUGCAACAGUCUGUCCUUAUUGCAGCCUUAGAUUUUCUUCUCCAGAGCUGAAGCAUGAACAUGAAAGCAAGUGUGAAUAUAAAAAGCUCACUUGUCUUGAGUGUAUGCGCACUUUUAAAUCCUCCUUUAGUAUUUGGCGUCAUCAAGUUGAAGUUCACAAUCAAAAUACCAUGUCCCCAACAGAGAAUUUUUCUCUACCUGUUCUUGAUCACAAUGGUGAAAUAACGAAUGCUUCAAGAUUGCAUUCUCAAUCAGAAUCUAAUAAAAUGAACAAUUUUGUUACUGCAAAGGAAGAUGGAGUAUUCAGUGAUUCUUCAGAACAAAUUAAUUUUGAUUCUGAAGAUUCUUCAUGCCUCCCUGAAGAUCUAAGUGUUUCCAAACAGUUUAAAAUUCACGUCAAAGAGGAGCCUGCAGACGAUAUAGAGGAUGAGGUCACUGAAACCAACAGAGAAGCUAAGGAAGUAGUUUCUAAUAAAGUCACUGGCUUGUGGCCCUGUGAAAAAUGUGGAAAAAUUUUUACUGUACACAAGCAGUUGGAGCGUCACCAGGAGCUUUUGUGCUCUGUAAAACCAUUUAUUUGUCAUGUGUGCAACAAGGCCUUCCGGACCAAUUUCCGUCUAUGGAGCCACUUCCAGUCUCAUAUGUCACAGGCUGCAGAGGAAUCAGUGAAUAAAGAUCCUGAGAUAUGUCCACCAGCUAACUCCCCAUCACCGCCACCUCUGCCUCCACCCCCACCUCUACCCAAAAUCCAGCCCUUAGAGCCUGAUAGUCCGACAGGUUUGUCUGAGAGCCCAACUACUACUGAGAAAUUAUUUGUUCCACAAGAAUCGGACACGCUCUUUUAUCAUGCCCCACCACUUUCAGCAAUCACAUUCAAAAGACAAUAUAUGUGUAAACUUUGUCACAGGACAUUCAAGACUGCAUUUAGUCUUUGGAGCCAUGAACAGACACACAAUUAGCUAGAGAUCUUCAACAGGUAUUUUAAAAAGCUGGUUAAAUGGAGACCAUUUCCAGGACAUUUCAGAAGUAUGCCAUAUAAACUAGAAAUCUAAGGGGACAAGAAACAUCAAAAAAGUAAAGAUGGAUUUAUGAUGCUGCUUGGAUUUGAAGAUUAAGGUAAACUAACUUUGAUGUUAGUAGAUAGAAAUUUGAAUAAUUUAAAGUAUUGUUGUCUGGGAUCUUAUAGUAACAGUAUAAUUCAUUAACAUUGAAAUCCGAUCACAUCUUGAUUGUAUGCAUGGAUCUUCAUCCUGUGGUGUCAAUAUAUAUAAAUAUACAUUAAAAACAAAAAAGGAACAACAAUGUAGAUUCUAACUGUGAGUUUAUAGUAGUGUUAUACUGUAACCAACUUCUUGUUUUGAGUAUAAUGGACACCUGAGCUCCCUAUAAAUAUUAGCCCGGCACUUGAAGUUAGGACAGAAGUGGAUGGAAUAUUUUUCUUUAGUAAUCUAGAUUUUUAGUAAUAUUUUAGCAAUAACAAAUAAACCUCAAGUUUGAGUUACCCUGACACUUAUUGGGAAUGAAUGUUUGCUAUUUUAUGGUAAUGUGGAAUUGUUUUGUUCUUAUAUGGAACUUGUGCAAAAUACAAUAGAAUCUAAGAUCAGCAAUAUUAAUACUUGGAUUUUAUAUUUAAAGUAGCAGCAAGCCUGCUUUCAGCCAUUUAAAUAGAAGUUUCUAAGGAAGACUCUGGAAAAAAUGUAUGCUGCUUUAUAUAACGCCCCAAAGGCUAAUUUACUGUAGGUAUUUCAGUAACUACAAGCAUUGUAAUAAAGCAGCACUUAUAAUACAAACAACAGUACAGUUUAUACAUAUGAAUUAACAUUGAAUGGAUGUCAAACAAUUCACAAUUUUGUUUCCUCUGGUUUGUACUGUUGUGUGUAGUUCUGAGUACAUUAGAAUGUAUGAAUAUAUUACUUUCAAUAGCAGAAGCUUGUAGGAGGAAGGGGUUGCGAAAUAAACUCCUGUGUGUGGCAGUAAAUGUGGCCAUUAGCACAAAGAUAUGUUUUUAAAAAAAUGUAAAUAUUUACAUAGACACCUGUAUAAAUGAACAAACUAUGUAUUUAAAUUUUGUAUUAAAUCAACAUAUCCAGUUCAAAACAGAGGAAAAAGCACCACACUACAAUCAUUGGAUUUUGUAAAUACAGUGUAUAGAAUAUUUGUUUCUUUUCUGACACUUUCUAUUGUUUCUGAUCCUUUGUGUUAGAAGUGUUUAUUUGGGUUUGUUUAAAAUCAUGGUGGUAAUGUUAAAAAUAGUCACAAUUGGAAUGAUUGGCAUCAUUAGUAGCAGAUAUUUGCCAGAAGCUAUGGCAAGGGUCCAGAAUCAGUUUUUCACCUGCUUUUGACAAUGUGCUUCUCUUGUUUAGAAGCUCAGAGUUAAAACCAUCUUUCUGUUUUUUUAAAUUUAAUUGAGUGGAAUGGAUUAGAAUAAACAGAAUGUAAAUGAAUGAAAUACUUGACAGUCCAUUUUGGUUUCAGGCCAACUUCAGAUGGGAAAAGAAAAGAGAAAGUAUUGCAUUCAGUACUGUGUAAUUAGGGCCAAGUCCUGCUUUCACUGGAGUCAAUGAGAGUUUUGUUGCUGACUGCAGUGGGAGCAGGAUCAAGCCCAUAAUCCUGUAAGGCUCUGACACUGCAUUCCUUCAGCAUCCAGAAGUCACAAGAAAUGUAGGCUGAGGCCCCAAAUACAAAGAUAUGGACAACAAUGAUAAUAUUCAGGACCAAUGGCCUUGAUUCAGCAAGGUUGAGCAUGGGUGCCUAACUUUAAGGUGCUGGGUAGGCCUAUUGACUUCAGUGGGUAGUUAGUUAGGCACAUAUUUCGAUACCUUAAUCAAAGUCCAUAUUUGCCAUCAUUUGUUUUGUUUGUUUUAAAACAGCACUUUAUUUUCAUUGGGAAGUUCAGCAUAAAAGAAGAUGGCACAAUAUGACCCUCAGACUUUGAGCUACCAGCAAACUGCAAUAAUUAGCUACAAAGUCUUUUGCUACAACAUGAUGGAUUAAAAAAAUUUAAAACUACUACUAAACACACUAACACUUACCCAAAGGUGUUUUUGCUUAUUCCAAAUGAAUUAUGUUAAAACAUAAUUACACUAAUCUGCAACUAUUUUUAGAUGAAAACUGCAAUUGAAACUACAGUUAGACUAGAUCAGUGGUUCUCUAACUUUUGUACUGGUGACCCUUUUCACAUAGCAAGCCUCUGUGUG